CAAACACGGAGUAAACAAACUGUGUCCAUAAUAUUCUAACAAUUUUACUGUGAAUAUUUUAUUCAGUGCUAAAUAAAUAAAAUAUAAAACCUUAUUUUAUAAAAAGUAUAAAAACUUUUUUCUAGAACGUUCGUAAGUGUUCCAUUUUCGAAUCUUGACAGAUGUCAGCUGUGAAUUUCCCGCGCUAAAUGGGAGUCAAUUGACGAUUUUUACUACAUCAAGCAAAGACCAAAAACCAAAAACAGUGCUGUGCAAUACUUACUAGACUUUUUAAUCGGACAAAAUGAAGUCUACACUAAUAUUGUGUGUGUUAUUAAUGACCAUAGCUUCAGUGUUAAGCUCGACUUAUUUCUUCGGCAAAGAAACCAAGGACACGAAGAUAAUACAUAGAGAUAAACUUAGGUACGAAGCCAUACCUUUGAAGAAACGGAUCAAGACUUAUACGUAUAAUGGAACGGCGCCCAUAAAGGCAAUAAGCUGUUACGACUUUCAGAACAGCGAAGCUUCAGUCAACAUCACUUCAGGAGGCAUCGGCUACAACUAUGUGGAACUCAGACUUAAAAGCCAAAGGAGUUAUAGAUUAGACUUCGCUAUAGAGAUUUAUGCAUAACAUACCUUUUUUUAAGAAAAGCUUAUAGUACUUUCACAUUGGUGGAUUUAUCGCACGAUUUUUCUGUGCGAUCACCUUUUCGAUCAAACUCAUUUAUUUUUGCGAAUAAGAGUACAUGUGGAUCUUAUACCUAUUAUUUAACAAAAGGAGCAUUGACCA